AUGACGAUCACCUUACAAGAUGUGGCAGGCAUCUUGGGCUUGCCGACCGACGGUACUGUCGUCAUCGGAUCGACCUCUGAGGAUUGGCACGCUGCUUGUGCUGCUGUUUUUGGACAUGUUCCAGGGGCCGGUGAGUUCCAUCAUUCUGGCGACCUCCGCAUCUCAUUCUUUGAUCGACAUUAUACCCGGUGGACUGAUCAUGAAGGGAAUCAUGCUGCCGAGAUCUACUUCACAAAAGCCCACAUUGCCCGGAUGUUGGGGACUUGGUUGCUGGCGGACAAGUCUGGAGGUAGCAAUUUUGGUUGCCGGCUUGUCCCGUUGCUAGGUGGAGGAUUUGAGGACAUUGGUCGAUUCAGCUGGGGAUCUGCAGUUUUGACACACUUGUUCAGGAAUUUGUGUGAAGUGACAGAUGCCCGUCGAAGCGACAUAGGUGGUUGCCAUAUUCUCCUUCAAAUUUGGGCAUGGAUACGAUUCCCACCCAUUGCUCCACCCCUUCCUCCUCAUCCAGAGCCGGGCACACAUUAUGGAUGCCGGUUUAAUGUUGUACAAAAGUUUAAACCUCAUGAGGUCACCCAUUAUCGGGCAACAUUGGACACACUCUGUAGAGAUGAGGUUUGGUGUGGUGUGGCAGCCAUAUAUAGAAUAUGA